AUGGCAGGAGGAAAAUCAGGAAAAGAUUCGGGAAAGGCCAAGAGGUCGGCAGUGUCCAGGUCUCAAAGAGCAGGCCUCCAGUUUCCGGUCGGUAGAAUCCACCGUUUCCUCAAGUCCAGGACCACCUCGCACGGAAGAGUCGGAGCAACUGCUGCUGUUUACAGUGCCGCAAUUCUGGAGUACCUGACGGCGGAGGUUCUGGAACUUGCUGGAAAUGCGAGCAAGGAUUUGCGAGUGAAGAGAAUUACUCCCAGGCAUUUACAACUGGCAAUUCGCGGAGACGAAGAGCUCGAUUCGCUUAUUAAGGCUACAAUUGCAGGCGGUGGUGUUAUUCCUCAUAUUCACAAGUCACUCAUUGGAAAGAAAACACCUCAAGGAAAGAUGUAA